AUGGAGUACCAGGCGCAAUCCAAGGCAGCGCUAGACCGGCUUUGCCGGGAGAGAUCUAUUCCCUGUCGGGGAAAAACAAAAGAGGAACUAUUGCAAGCACUGGUGGACUAUGAUAUGCAACAAGCGGUGCAAAGUGAUGCCUCAAACUCUGCAGAGGAGAUACCUGUAGCUCUUGUCCGUGAUGUACCGAGAUCUGGAGAUCCUUUGGAUUGUUACUUACAAACAGUGUUAAAAUAUGUGGACUCAGCAGACGCAAACCAAAGACUACAGCUUAUCCUUCAAUAUCAGGAGAGAGAGGCUGCAGAGCGGCAGGCUGAGAGAGAGGCCGCAGAGCGACAAGCUGCCAGAGAGCAUGAGCUAAAAAUGGCUCAGUUGGAGAGGUUGACUGCCUCCCUUAUAAGUAUUAAUUCCAUAGACUCUUCUGCACCCAAACCACGUGCAGAGAAUUUUCCAACUUCGGACAAAGAUGGUGAUUUAGAUGUUUUCCUGUGCAGUUUUGAAAAAGCUUGCAGGCAGUACCAGCUACCAAAGGACCAGUGGGCAAAAUACCUCACCCCUGGUCUCAGAGGUCCUGCACUGGAAGCAUUUGCUGCGCUUCCAGCAGAAUUUGACCAGGACUAUGAUGUGAUUAAGACUGCCUUGCAAAAACGGUACAACCUUACUCCUGAGGUGUACCAAAAGAAAUUCAGGACUUUGCAAAAGCAUCCCACAGAAAGUUAUGCAGCGGUUGUGGGGCACCAGGCGACAGCAUUCCGACAGUGGACUACAGGGCUGGAGAUUACCACUUUGGAAAGUUUGCAAGACUUCUUAAUAAAAGAACAGUUUUUGCAGCUCUGCCCAGCCGAUGUACAGGAAUGGUUGCUGGACCGGAACCCCAAAACAGCAUCGGAGGCGGGUGAGCUGGAAGAUUUCCACACUGCCAAUCGAGCAACAGUGGACCGGAGCAGAGGUUUUGCCAAGGGAACAUCCAGCUGGAGGAUCACACCACCACGACUCCCCAUCACCAGGCCUAGCGGGCCAUCUUUUGUUUCAGCUCCUACCUCAGGGAGAGGGGGAGCUAGUGCAUUGUCUGCGCAAAGAGAUAGUCGCAGAUGUUUUAUUUGCAACCAAAUGGGGCACUUGAGGAAUACCUGCCCAGAGAAAAGGAGGCCAGCACCCUCAUCCGGAGGGGUUCAACCUGCAAGAGCCCCAUCUUCUGUGUUGUUCGUGACCAAGUCAGAGGGCAACAACAAUGUGAACCUGCAGCCUGUUACAGUGGAAGAGAAGGUAACUGUGGGACUCAGGGACACUGGGGCAGAUGUGACUCUUGUGCGUCCAGAGCUAGUGCGCUCUGAGGACUUCAUUCCUGGCAGGACUUUAGCUGUAAAAGGGAUUGGGGAAAUACAUCCUGCAGUGCAAAUGGCACGUGUAUAUUUGGACUGGGGAGCGGGCAGGGGUCUGAGGGAUGUGGGGGUAUCGGAUAAUAUUCCUACAAAUGUAUUGCUUGGUACCGACUUAGGUAGGUUGUUAUCCCAGUAUGUGCCUGAGAGUGAUAUGUGUUACCAACCAAAGCCCUGUAGGGGCCCUGCUGUGGAAAGGACAGGGUGCAAAUGUUUAUGCAAAUUACUGUGCUUGGAGGGAGGUCAGAAUGUAUGUCAGUCUGUGCCAGAGCCCAGGGUGUCUGUGGAAUCGUGUAACAAGAGUCACAUUCUUGGAAGUAUCACCCUGAAACUGAUAGAAGGUAUUCACGAUCAAGCUGCAGAAUAUACCAUCUAG